UCAAAGUAAUAUUUCCAGUGUGUGUAAUUCACAGAGUAAGCAGAGUUUUAGGGAUUAUUAGUAGCUACAAAUUCUGUGAUUGACUGAGUUCUGGAAAAUUAUAUAUUUAUAAAUUAAAGUAUAGGUCAUCCAUACUAUAUAGAAUGAGAUUCUAGUCUAUGUUGUUUAUUCAUAUUGUGCAAGUCAUUAAAAUUCUAAUUUUUGGUUGUUUUCUCAUCCCAGAUUAUCAUCAUGAGGUAUAUAAGAUCUCAGAAUUCAGCAACGAUGUCAAUGGGGAGGCCAAAGACACACAACCCAUUUUUUUAGGAGGUGAAAGCAUGGAAAUUAAAAAACAAAUUACAGGAAUGAGAAGAUUACUGAAUGAUAGCACCGGGAGGAUCUAUCAGCGUGUUGGCAAGGAAGGAGAAAAGCUAAAAGAAGAACCCCAGGAUUUGGACUCCAUCUGGCCUCAGCGUUUGAACUCCUCUGCUGAGGCCCCGCAGAGCCUCCACCCUUCUCGGGGUGCGUGGAACGAGUUCCCAGCCCAGAGCGGGCAGUUCUCAGGGCAGUCUGGCCCCCGCUCUAGAACCUUCCAGAGUCAACCCCACACUACUAGGAGCUCCAACGGAGAGCUUCCAGUGGUGAAUUCUUCAGUUGGAUCAAACUGCUGUACUUGUAACUGCCAGUCAACAUUGCAGGCCAUUCUCCAAGAGCUCAAGACCAUGCGGAAAUUAAUGCAAAUUCAAGCAGUUGGAACCCAAAACAGACAACAACCCCCAAUUUCCCUUAUAUGCUCCCAGCGAACUGCUGUCUCACGCAAGAGAAAUAAAAAGAAAAAAGUGCCCCCAAAGACUGUUGAACCUCUUACUGUGAAACAGAAGCCCAGUGUGUUAGAGACUGAGAAGAAGACGGCUGUGGCCUCAGAGCAGCCUGCCCUCCAGGCAGCUGAGCGCACCUCCGCUGGGGAGAACCGCGUCCUAGGAUUUGGCAUUGUUCUGGAAUCACCUUCCUCAGAUCCAGAAGUGCAACUUGCUGAAGGCUUUGAUGUGUUUAUGCCUAAAUCUCAGCUGGACUCUAUAUUGUCAAACUACACUCGCUCAGGAAGCCUUCUGUUUAGAAAACUGGUGUGUGCAUUUUUUGAUGACAAGACUUUGGCUAACUCCCUACCCAAUGGGAAGAGGAAAAGAGGACUCAAUGACAACCGGAAAGGACUAGACCAAAAUAUUGUGGGUGCAAUAAAAGUCUUCACUGAAAAGUACUGUACUGCUAAUCACGUGGAUAAACUUCCUGGCCCGAGAGACUGGGUACAGAUUCUACAGGAUCAAAUUAAGCUGGCCAGAAGAAGGUUAAAAAGAGGCUCAGCAGAGGUAGCUGACGGUGAUGAAAGACUGGACGGCGUCUCUCUACCACCAACAGGUAAAACACAUUUACAUUUUCAUCACCCGCUGCAAAAUACAGCCCAGGAAAAUAUUUGCAUUGAAAAUGUUUUUAGCAUUAGAGAUGCAGAUGUGUGAGCAAAGUGCUUCCGUAACAGACCCAGACUCUAGUAAUCAGAGGUGCUCAGUGCCCUAUGUUCAGAUUUCUCACAGUGAAGCUGAAAAGCUACAUUUUCCUCACACUGUUUCACAUUCUUAAAAAGCUCAGAAAAGCAAGUCCUAAAACUUUAGAGUCACAAGAUUUUGCCUCCCAAAACCUUUGGGCAUUAAAAAAUAUUUUAACAUGAUGAUGUGACAUUUCUUUUUAGAACAGGGAUCGCUACUUUUAUGAUGAAAUUCACGUCCCACCUGCCCCAGAGGGCUUUGAGAGGCAGGCAGUCAUCACUCUUCACACGAUGGGCACCCAAUGAAUGCUGUGUUUUAACUGUGUGACUGAAUAAGCCAGUCCAUCUGGCACGGGUGGCACAUUACCAGUGUUAUAACCAGAUCGCCCAAAUGCAACAUUUCAUUGAAGCAUCUGCUACAAUAUUAAGCCAUACACAUAAUUCUGACCACAUGAUUUAAUUCACAAGUGAUAUACUUCUGACCCUGGCCUCCUGCCUCUGCAUCAGUUCAUACCUGAGAGCCGGAAGGACAGGUGUCUGAUCACUGUGUCAUGUGGCAGACAAUUUAUUCCCUCAGUUGACCUCAGGACUCUUUAUUGACUGCCCUCAAAAGAAUACCUGAAGAUUUUCUGCCUACAAAACCCAGAUACCCAAAAAACUCUCUAAGUGAAAAAGUUCAACGCAGUGUUUUCUCCUCUAGAUUUUGGCUCGUAAGUUUUAAAUGGAAAUCAGCAAAUGUGAAUGGAGCAGCUAGUCUGUGUAAGCAGUCUACUCGGUCAUGUGCUCAUUGGUAGCACUUACCCUGAGAUGGCAAUCAAAGCAGAGUUCACAGGUAUAGGACAGAUGUAUGUUAGUGAACUUCAGAGCAGCGAGAAAGCUCAACCAUGUAAAUGAUAUAGUGCUUUCUGUCAUUAAGUAGCUAAGCAACAGAUCACUGGACAAAUAAAAAAGGACCUUCUUAUAUCAAGGUUUACCAUUUAGUCAUUAUAUAAAAGGGAUUUCUCUUCUUGUUUGACUAUAUUUCCACAUUUAUGAAUCAAGAGAAUUGAAAUACAUGAUCUCUACUGUUCCUUCCCAUCUGUCCUCCAAAUAUCAGGACAACUCCUAUUAGCUGUGUGCUUAUCGCCCCUGGCCCAUUCCCAGUAGGCUCACAAAAUACAACUGAUAGUAAUGAAAUUGUACAGUUCAGGAGGCCCAUUGGAGGAAUGCCAUGCUGCUCUGGUUGUGCUGUCCAAGGUUCCUCUCCCUGCAGCCCAUUUGCACUGCCUACCUGUCAUCUGACACAGUGGGCUUUUAAAAAUUAUUACUUGAAAACCAUUCCCCUUUGCAUUUUCCUUUGUGAAGAUGGAGCAGAGAGAUGUUUCAGAUGAGAAAAUUGAACAUAGGAUGGUCGAACCAUUUCAUGAAACUGAAAAGUAUUUCAAGGAAUCUGAGAACGAAGGAACAUUAGAGAUCAUCUAG